AAAAAUUCGAAGACAAUUAGAGGUACCGAGUCAUUCAUUGAUCAGUUUUGAAUCAAGUAACCCAAGAACGGGCGUUGUUUUCGACAUCAUCAGUAUUUCUUCAGUCUAGACAAUUAGCUGAUAAUUAACUUCUCUAAUAUUUUGACAAAAUUUCCACGGGAAGAAGCGUUUCACAUAAUAAUAAAAUAAUAAUUGAUUCGAAAAUAAAUAAUAAAGAGUGAAAAAUUAAAGUGGUUCAUCGCAAGUGAUUAAAAUGGCGUUAUCUGUGGCGAUUUCAUUAAGUGAUUUGGAACUGGAGGAUACGGAAUUGGAUGCUUUGACUUAUAUUUUCAUGGAGCAGAAAGUCAAGACCGCGAAGAAAAAGUCCAGAAGUAACAUUAAACGGAGAAAAUUCGAUAUUGAUGAUAAUAAUAAUAGUAAUAAUGAUAAUAAUAAUAAUAAUGAUAAUGAUAAUAAUAAUAACAAUAAUAAUAGUAUUGAUAAUAAAAAUAAUAAGUUCAACAAAAGAAUUUCGAGGUCAUCAAAACUAGGGAUGAAGUCGGUAUCAAAGACCUCCAAAAACAAAAAACGAGGCCAACGCCACCCGAGGAAGAACAAAUCGGACUCUGAAGAUACUGAAGGGAGCAUUGUACCGCAGGACUCGCAAUACUCUGGUAGUACAGAGACAGAAGCAGAAGCAAAAGAAGAUUCCGCUUUGCCCCCGUCGAUAAACUUUUUUGAAGGCCUCCGAUUUUACCAACAUCUGCUGAAUCCGGUUCCGAUGGUAAUUGGAGAAAUGCUUUGUCAGCAGCCGAUGACUCGCGAGGAGUCUUACCGGCUAAAAAGGCCUCUAGGAGGCAUGGUAACAAAGAACAAGCAACCGAGGGUAAUGUACAAUCAGAGAAACAUUUUGAAUCUGGAGGCCAAUCUUAGGAACUUUAACUGGCAGGUCACUUGGAAGGUUGGUCAGGAUGGUUCUACGGGAGUCAGCUCUGAGGGUCAGCUUGACGAGGACUUUGAUUGUGAUGUAUUGGCAUGUUGCAGCCAUUGUGAUUUCGAGGAACCUAUUUAAUCAGAUUUUAAAAAGGAGAUAUAACGAUGCGCUAAAAGCGUGUAUUUGUGUGACAAUAUUUGUUUAGUAUUUUUCAACUUGUGAAUAAUUAAUGAGGAUUGAAAUUUUAUAAUUUCUAUUGGAAAAGUAUUAUCGAGAUUGCAAUUAAUAUUGACAGGAUUUAAUUUAAGCGAAGUGAUCUCUUUUUACUUUAAAUAAAAGACUAAUAAUUGUAGAAUAAAAGUUUGGAAUUUGUCUA